CCACAGGGAAAAGGAGCCUGAGAACAGGGAGCGGUCAGACUCCAUUUUCACCUGGACGAGCAGAAGGAAGGAAAGUGAGCAGCAGUGGUCACCAACCAGUGGAGAGUCUUCACUGUGGAUCCCAGAAAAGCUCUGGACUCACUGGCUGAGGAGUGAGGAACAUCGACCUGCAGAGCCAGAACCAGAGGAAAUAGACCAGACCUUGAUUAUCUAGAAGAGCAGCGUGGCCUGAACCACAACUGAGCCGCAGCCGGUGCAACAUGGACGAGGACACUUCAGAGCAAGUUGGACCCUCACACACAAAAGGUCAGGACCACAGACUGAGAGCAGAGUCUCCAGGGUCCAGCUGUCUGUCUCUGAAGAGUGACUGGUCUAUGGGACAGCCUCCAGUCUUCAGUAAAGAACCUGGACCCUCACACACAGAGGAGAGGAAGAGGAGUCAUGUUUCUGAGGAGGAGCAGUCAUCCUGCUGUGCUUCGUGUCAGGACGUCCUGAAGGGUCCAGUCUCCACCAGCUGUGGACACUGGUUCUGCAGACAGUGCAUCACCUCAUACUUGGACCAGUCUGGUUCUUCAGGAGACUCCUCCUGUCCCCAGUGUGGACAAAGAUCCAGACCAGGAGCUGGAGCAGAUCGUGGUCUGCAGGAGGUUUCAGAUGAACAUAAGCUCAGUGUGAGGAGGAGAUGUGAACAUGUGACUGAAGGAAGUGAUGAAACAGGAAGUAGAACCCUCCUCAACAGGAUCUACACUGAGCUCUACAUCACAGAGGGACAGAGUGAAGAGGUUAAUACUCAACAUGAGGUGAGGCAGCUUGAGACGGCUUCCAAGAUGAAGAUCCUCCAGGACACUCCCAUCAAGGUCCAGGACAUCUUUAAAGCCUCCACUGACCAGCAGAGCAGCAUCAGAGUCGUCCUGACCAACGGAGUAGCUGGCGUUGGAAAAACCUUCUCGGUGCAGAAGUUCAGUCUGGACUGGGCAGAGGGUUUAGAGAACCAGGAUGUGGGUCUGGUGGCUGUGCUUUCGUUCAGGGAGCUGAACCUGGUGAAGGACCAGCAGCACAGUCUUCUCACGCUGCUCCAUGUUUUCCAUCCAGCGUUACAGAAGCUCACGGCAGAGACGCUCGCUGUCUGUAAACCUUUGUUCAUCUUUGACGGCCUGGAUGAAAGCAGACCUUCUCUGGACUUCAACCACAGGGAGCUUGUGUCUGAGGUCACACAGAGGUCAUCAGUCAACGUGCUGCUGACAAACCUCAUCCGGGGGAACCUGUUUCCCUCGGCUCUCGUCUGGAUAACCUCCAGACCUGCGGCGGCCAAUCAGAUCCCUCCUGCAUGUGUUGACAGGGUCACAGAAGUACGAGGCUUCACUGACGCCCAGAAGGACGAGUACUUCAGGAGGAGAUUCAGUGAUGAAGAGCUGUGCAGCAAAAUCAUCUCACACAUCAAGACGUCCAGGAGCCUCCACAUCAUGUGUCAAAUCCCAGUCUUCUGCUGGAUCAGUGCUACAGUUCUGGAGCACAUGUUGACCACAGACCAGAGAGGAGAGCUGCCCAAGACCCUGACUGACCUGUACUCACACUUCCUGCUGGUUCAGACAAAGAGGAAGAACAACAAGUACGGUGAGGGACAUGAGAAGACUCCAAAGCAGCUGACGGAGACUGACAGGAACGUUCUCUUGAAGCUGGGGAGGCUGGCACUUAAACAUCUGGAGGAAGGAAACAUCAUGUUCUACCAAGAAGACCUGGAGCAGUGUGAUCUUAAUGUCACAGAGGCCUCGGUGUACUCAGGAGUUUGUACUGAGAUCUUCAGAAGAGAGUGUGUGAUCUUCCAGAAAUCAGUUUACUGCUUUGUUCAUCUGAGCAUUCAGGAGUUUCUGGCUGGAGUCUACAUGUUCCACUGUUACACCGUGAGGAACACAGGAGAACUCAACAUCUUCCUGGGAACAUAUGGGAACAGACACAGAACCUUCUCCCUGGAUGACCUCCUGAAGAGAACCAUGGAGAAAUCCCUCACCAGUACAAAUGGUCAUCUGGACCUGUUUGUUCGCUUCCUUCACGGCCUCAGUCUGGAAUCCAACCAGAGAGUCUUAGGAGGCCUGCUGGGUCGGACAGAGAACAAUCCAGAGAUCAUCCAGAGAGUCUCAGGAUGGCUGCUGGGUCGGAUAGGGAACAAUCCAGAGAUCAUCCAGAGAGUCAUCUACAACCUGAAGAAGAUGAGGAGUGAUGACAUUUCUCCUGACAGAAGCAUCAACAUCUUCCACUGUCUGACUGAGAUGAACGACCACUCAGUUCAUCAGCAGAUGAAGCAGUUCCUGACGUCAGAGAACAGAUCACAGAAACUCUCUGAGAUCCACUGCUCAGCUCUGGCCUACAUGCUGCAGAUGUCAGAGGAGGUUCUGGAUGAGUUGGACCUGAAGAAGUUCAACACAUCAGACCAGGGUCGAUGGAGACUGAUCCCAGCUGUGAGGAACUGCAGGAAGGCUCGACUCCGUCGUUGUGGACUCUCAGAGACUCACUGUGAAGUCGUGGUCUCAGCUCUGAAGUCAGACCCCUCACAUCUGAGAGAACUGGAUCUGAGCUUCAACGACCUGCAGGACUCAGCAGUGAAGGAGCUGUGUUCUGGACUGGAGAGUCCAAACUGUCGACUGGAGACUCUGAGGUUGGAGUGGUGCAGUCUGUCAGAGAUCAGCUGUUCUUCUCUGGCUUCAGCUCUGAGGUCAAACCCCUCUCAUCUGAGAGAACUGGAUCUGAGUCUAAACAACCUGCAGGACUCAGCACUGAAGGAGCUGCUUGAUCUACAGCAGAGUCCAACCUGUCGACUGGAGACUCUGAGGUGGAGAUGGACUGACUGGAGGUGAGUGUGAAGAGGACAGUGUGAAGAGGACAGUGUGUGUGGACGAAGGCUGAGCUGUGUCCUGAGGAUCCAGAGGCUGAAGCAGCUGCAGCUUGUGUGUAGUCUCCAAUCUACACAACCCCUAAUCUGCAUGUGUUUGUGAGAUGAAGCCGGAGCACCUGGAGAAAACACGGGGAGAACAUGCAGACUCCACACAGGAAGACCUCAUCUGAACCAGAUUCAAACCAGCAACCUUUCUGCCCCGAUUGUGUUUAUUCACAUGAAGAAUGUGUUUAUUGAAAUGACACAACACAAGCAGAAUAUAUAAACCCUCUAUAAAGACUCACAUACAGUGUGUUGAAGUUUGUCUUUAUUAUUGUCCACCUUUGUCCCUCAGUGUGUCUCCAUGUGUGUAGAACCACAUUCUGUGUAUAUGUUUGUUUAUGAUCUUAAAGUUCCUGGAUUCACGUGACAAAUUGAUUCAGUUCAACACAAAGUUAAACAUAUUGAAAUAAAUAUAUUGUAUAUAAAGAUGAUCAGUGACUUGAAUAAAGACUGGGCGAAGAGUGAGGGGUUUUUAAUGGGUCAGUGGAGCUCAGGGUCUGAGCCUGGUCUUCCUGGACAUCUCCGGUGGGGAAGGAAUGGAUUAAAGGUUCUGGGAGUCCAUCUAGGAAGUGAGGGCUUUCAGAGGCAGAACUGGGAGGGGGGUUCUGGAAAAGGUGGAAGCAAAGUUGUUUUAUGUUCAAUGGAGGGGGGGCGGUUCACUGAUCCUGCAUUUUUAAAUUCUGUGUGGUUGUGUGACAUGUAGUUUUCUUGUGUAAAAUGUGACAUGAUCAAAGUGAUACUUAUUACGUUUAUUUCAUGAAAUGAUUUAAAUAAAAGUUAACGUAAAAGUCA